GCCAGGUAGUUCUGCCAUCUCUGUGUCUCGGCGGCGCCGUGUAGAGUCCGCGUGAUCUUCCGCGAGUGAGCCUUAAUAGGUCGGGUGGGGGCUGGCCGAAUCCAAGAAAUUCUUCUUGGACACAAGUGUCCCGGCGGACCCGCGGGGCCUAUCGGAGACAUAAAGCAGAGUCACUGUAAUUAUUUCUAACAUCAAUUUCAAACUAUUUAUUCUUGGAUAACAGUCCAAUUAUAUGAAAUUAUGGCUGGUUAUAAGCCUGUAGCUAUUCAGACGUAUCCUGUACUUGGUGAAAAAAUCACCCAAGACACACUGUACUGGAACAACUAUAAGACCCCUGUUCAGAUCAAGGAGUUCGGUGCAGUGUCAAAAGUAGACUUUUCUCCGCAGCCUCCAUAUAAUUAUGCUGUCACAGCUUCCUCGAGGAUUCACAUUUAUGGCCGAUAUUCUCAAGAACCUAUAAAAACCUUUUCCCGAUUUAAAGACACAGCAUACUGUGCUACUUUUCGUCAGGACGGUAGACUGCUUGUGGCUGGCAGUGAAGAUGGUGGAGUUCAGCUUUUUGAUAUAACUGGGAGAGCUCCCCUCAGGCACUUUGAAGGCCAUACUAAAGCGGUUCAUACAGUCGAUUUUACAGCUGACAAAUAUCAUGUGGUCUCUGGGGCUGAUGAUUAUACGGUUAAAUUGUGGGAUAUUCCAAACUCCAAAGAAAUUCUGACAUUCAAAGAACAUUCUGAUUAUGUGAGGUGUGGAUGUGCUAGCAAACUGAACCCAGAUCUCUUUGUAACAGGGUCAUAUGAUCAUACCCUCAAGAUGUUUGACGCACGAACCAAUAAGAGUGUGAUCUCUGUUGAGCAUGGGCAGCCAGUGGAGAGUGUCCUGCUCUUUCCCUCUGGAGGUCUUCUGGUAUCAGCAGGAGGUCGUUAUGUUAAAAUCUGGGACGUACUAAAAGGAGGACAGUUGCUAGUAUCUUUGAAAAAUCAUCAUAAAACUGUGACAUGUUUAUAUCUGAGCAGCUCUGGACAGAGGUUACUCUCUGGGUCACUGGAUAGGAAGGUGAAAAUAUAUAGCACGACUUCCUAUAAAGUAGUCCACAGUUUUGAUUAUGCAGCUUCAAUUUUGAGUCUUGCACUUGCACAUGAAGAUGAGACAAUAGUUGUGGGAAUGACCAAUGGAAUACUAAGUGUUAAACAUAGGAAAUCUGAAGCAAAGAAGGAUUCUCUUCCCAGGAGAAGAAGGCCUGCGUAUCGAACUUUUAUUAAAGGAAAAAAUUACAUGAAGCAACGGGAUGACAUUUUGAUCAAUAGGCCAUCAAAGAAACACCUAGAAUUAUAUGACAGGGAUCUGAAAAAUUUCCGGGUCUCUAAAGCACUUGACAGAGUCCUUGAGCCUAGUUGUACAAUAAAGACACCUGAGAUUACAGUUUCCAUCAUAAAGGAGCUAAAUCGAAGAGGAGUCCUUGCAAAUGCCCUUGCAGGCCGGGAUGAAAAGGAAAUCAGUCGUGUUCUUAAUUUUUUGAUACGGAAUCUUUCUCAGCCAAGAUUUGCCCCUGUUUUGAUCAAUGCUGCUGAAAUAAUUAUUGAUAUAUAUCUUCCUGUGAUUGGUCAGUCACCCGUAGUUGACAAAAAGUUUUUAUUACUUCAAGGACUUGUAGAGAAAGAGAUUGAUUACCAAAGAGAACUACUAGAAACCUUGGGGAUGAUGGAUAUGCUCUUUGCUACUAUGACAAGGAAAGAAAGCACUUCUGUGUGGCAGCAUGCAUCUGAUGGAUUUCUAGAGAACAAGAAGGUGGAAUCAUAGUGUCUGCUUAAAGAGACCUGUAAGAACUGCUAACUUGAAAUCGAUUUGAUUCUAUUAAUUAUUGGAAAGAGAAUCUCUUUGAUAGAUUAAAAACUACCCCAAAACUAUUCACAGAAGGAGUUUUAUGGAAGAGACC